AUAAUCUAAUUCUUGCAGGAAAUAACUGUUCUCUGCUUUUGGUCUUAAGUGCCACUUUCAUUACUGUUGAAGGUUCUUGUUUACAUCUUCCUGUGAACCUGGGGUAGAGUUGGGUUGUUGAGGCAUGGAGUCUUGUGUGACCAGAGGCAGCUGUCAAGGUCUUACUAUUUGGAGUGUAUUUCUAGUGAUCUGGAGAGCCGGCUCCGGAUGGAGCAGAGUCAGCAGAUGAAGAAGUUGGACAUGCUGAAGCUAGAGAAGGAGAAAUUACUGGAGGAAUGGGUCCUGCUGAAGCACCACUUGGGUGAAUUGAAAGUGCUCAGUAAGGACCAAGAAGAGACCAGUGACCUCCAGAACGAGCAACAGCAGGAGCAGCAAAGAAUGGAGGAGAGACUUCAGAGUUUGCUGAAGCAGAGGGAGCUGGUCACACAGCAAAUGAACUUGGCAAUAAAGCUGCAGCAUCAUUUGACUGUCUCCCAGAUGAGGUCAGAAACACUCCUACAUGAGCUGGAACAAUCCACAGCUCAGGAUGAGAGCGUCCUGCCAACAGAGCUGCUGCAGCAGGAGCACUAAGUGUCACAAGCAACACCCUUUAUGAGAACUGAGGAGGUUGAAGGAAUCCAUAGUCAACCAGAACCCCUGACAUUCUCCACUCUAUGAUCAAGGCCUCCUCAGAACAAGACAUGUACUACUAGUUGUCAAAUCACCAGUGAGGCAAAUAUCAUCUGCCCUGCUGUGGUCCAUCCAUAAUCUGAUCCAUGUGUCUUUUGAUUCACUAGUUAUGGAAUGAAUCAAAUCCAUAGAAAGAAAUCAUCAAGAAGAUUAUUGAGUUUCAAAAAACCCACCAAGAAUUAUGCAGAAAAAGCUGACAUCUACCAGCAAGUGUUCCUUGUGAGAGCCUCAACAACUUGGAGAGAAAAUAUGCUUCUGCUCAUAGUUACUCUUAAAGUUUAUUGCUACAAACUUUUGUGAGCUGACUGAGUCCUCGGCCCUUCAUAUGUGGAGGGAGAUAUGUCAACAGACUGUGUUGUUGUCAUGCUGCUAUCCAGACAGACCACACAAAGGAAGCAUCAUCUUCUCACUCCAGUCCAGUGCUGGACCUACUCAAUGUCGUGCACAUGUGAUGGUGAAGUGAAUUGUUCUGAGAAAUGAUUUAAGAAGGAUGCCACCAUGAGCUUUUAUGUCUUGAAGAGCAGAGGCUCCCCAUGUUCUUUUUGGUCUUGAAUCGGCACACAGACACGUUAGCUGACAGAAUCAUAUAGUGGCCAACAUAGCAUAAGAUCAACUUUGGCAAGGACUUAACCUAGAAGCCCCAAAGUGGCAUGACUACACUUGUCUUGAAGAGGUUAUUUCAAUUCAGGGUUGUCUUCCAACUUGUGUCCAAAGCCAGCCACAGGGUGUAGGAAGUGCACUAAAUCUGCACGAUGAGAAUGCUUCUUAGUGUAAAUAGUUUUGGUUUGUUUUUGGGUUUGCAUGAAUUUAUGUUGUGUUCUUUGUUUUGUUUUGCUGGUUUGUUUCUGUUUGGUUCUUUUGUUCUUUCUUGAUUUUAUAUAAUGCUAAGGCUAUACACUAGAUAUACUAAGUGCCCUUUUAAGCCCCUAUUCAAUCAAAUCUCUGUAAUUUUGCAAAUAAAAAAGUAAUUUCCAACUUUUCA